AUGGGUAACCCACGACAAGCAAAAAAGGCUUCACCCAAGGUUGCAGGCAAAGGAAAAGGUCAUGGUGCAGGCAAAGUAACCUCACGGUUGCGCAACGAAGAUCAAAUCAAAGACACCAGGGCUACAAAGAAGCCAGUCGCACCUAGCAGGCCAGCCUCACCAUCCGAAAGUUCCUCCUCGUCUGAUGAGGAGAGUUCGUCUAGUUCGUCGAGCCAUAGUGAAUCCAGGCAGGCUGUCACACCAGCACAUCGACCUCAACCGCCCAUUAGACAGCCUACUGCGGAGGAGCGCAAAAAAGAGUGCGAACAGGAAUGGAGAGAGACAGACAUCCGGAUGAGAGCUAUGUAUGAGCAAGGCAAUAAUGGUCUCCCAUCCAUUCAAGCAGACUUGGCACAGGUCAAGGCAGAUAUUCAGGGGCUAAAAAUCCCUGAAAUGGAGCCUAGUGCACCUAUUCUACCAUUGGACCCGAGCCUAUUCUCUACUGAGCCCACCAAACCGCUGGAUGAUGAGUUGACUGAGGGGAAAGAAGAAAAUGAGAAAGAAGAAGAAAAAGAGAAUGAGGAAGAAGAAAAUGAGGGGGAGGAGAGUGAGGAAGUACCUGAGGUUGAGAGUGAGGGUGACCUGGCUAGUGAGACAUAA